AUUAUUUCAAUUGGUUAUUUUAGGUUAUGUUCUACUUGAAUUUAAUGUUAUUAUCCAAUAAUUCCUUAUAAAUCUAGUAUUUUUAUUUAUUUCACUCAAAAUGAAUUUUUUAAGAAAAGGAAUCACGCUCUUAUCUUUAGGAAUCAAAUCACAUUGUACACAACCCAAAGUUGCUGUAUUGAACAAUAUUUCCUCACACAUAACCCAAACAAUGUGUACCUCUCCGAUGGGACUUCUAGCUCGCACUAUGGCAUCAUUGGCCCAGAUGCAUAGGACAGGACCACAUAUUAAACAAAGGAAAUCUAGAAAUCCAUUGAAUGGAAAUCCUUUUGCUAAGGGUGUGGUACUAAAAACUUUAAUCAAGAAACCAAAGAAGCCAAACUCAGCAAACAGGAAAUGUGUGUUAGUUCGUUUGUCCAAUGGAAAAGAAAUGGUGGCCUAUGUUCCAGGCAUCGGGCAUAACUUGCAAGAACACAAUAUUGUACUUGUUAGGGUUGGAAGGCUGAAGGACUGUCCUGGUGUGAAACUUAAAUGUGUACGUGGCAAGUAUGAUCUCUCCCACGUGGUAAAACAGAAGGUGUAAUGUUUUAGUUAUUUGUAUUAUUAGUGAAAUUAUAUAU